UUUUAAUAGAGAUUUUAUUCUUUUAUUCAAAAAAGGCAAACUGAAAAAGUUUAUUUAUAAAUUUUAUUUAUAAAUCGAAACUCCGUGCAAGAAACUUUUGUGUUGCACUAAACUAAUAAUUACAAUAUAAAGAAAUUAUCUUUUUUGAAUUGAUAUUUAUGCUUCAAACAAGUGAAUCAUUUAAGUCUCGAAAGAAAGAAACCUUAUCAUUGAGGACUGUAGGUUCACGAAAUGGGAUUGAUUCGAUCGGAAAAGAAUCCAAGAAUGUGACAAACGGAUUGAAAAGUGAAACAGAAUCCCAUUCGGAUACUUUUUCACGGCUCAAGUUGACAAGUACAGAAGAUUAUUCCUACAUACUUGUUGAAGUAUUACGCAGAUAUUUUAUUAAAAUCUUCGGUGAAUGUUGUUUUACGGAGAUUUCGCAUCAAAACAUUGCUAAUUAAUCACAUAAUAACGCGUGCGAGCGCCGUCGCGCUCGUCAAAUAAUAGUCAUACGCUUGAUCAUCUUUCUUCCGACGACAUAUAUAUACGACUUGUUGACGAAUUCGCUGAAGAAUAUCAUUGACACAUCGAGUAGGCACAUUGUUAAGAUGUAAUAAAUUUUAUUAUUGAGCUUUAACGCCUAACCAUUGUGUGCACCGGCGGUACUUCUACCUCGUUUUGUUAACGCUGAAGUUAUAUAUAUUGAUAAAUUAAUAAAUCUAUGAAAUCAAAUCACACAAAUUGUAUAUACAAUAAUCAAACAACUUGAUUUCCACAACGAACUUUUCCCGAAUCGCUAUUUUGUGGAAAGUUUUAAUGCGAACAUUUAGAAACAUUGAGAAAUAAUUUUAGAUGCGUGACGCAAGUUUAUUAUUUAUAUACAUAUAUAUAUUUAUAUAUAUUGCUUUUUUUAUUGUGUCUUUAAUUAAUUUAGAUUUAUUAUUCUGUGGUAGCGUAUAAUAAAACUGUUACAAGUAUCUUCUGUACUUCUUUGCGUGAAUUAUAUCUUUUUCAUUUAUGCUUUUUUAUUAUACGAUUAUUAUCAGAAAUGAAAUUCACAACGUAUGCAUUAUUUGCAUCUUCAUUUGUUAAUUGUGACUGCGUUGCGAUUUUAGCGUACAUUUAGACACAUUUAGGUGCUGUUAGGUACAUAGCAAAAAUCAAGGGAAGCGAGAGACUUUAUACACACCAGACGAUUCUACUCAGCAUACUCAAUGCGGUCCGACGAUCCCGAGCUCCAAGAACUGCAGCCGUCUCCGCAGCACAUCCCGGGGCCGCCGCAGUUACCGCCGUUGAUCAAAGGACAGAAGCUGAAAAGCGGACCGUACACCAUCACUGUGACAGAUGAUAUGGUAGCACGGAGAGAACGGGAGAACCUGGAGCUGUACAGAGCGUGGGUGCAUGAGCAACGCAGACGGAACAUGCUGUCACAGGAGGACGCCGACGACUACAUAGGCGACUUCAAGGAAGUCCUGAUUCGCAGGAGCUUCGUCCGCAAAGUUUUCUGCCUCCUCUCGUUGCAGCUGGCGUUCACUAUCGCUUUUAUAGCCGUCUUUAUGUUCGUGCGUGAAGCGCAGUUGUUCAUGAUAGUGAACUGGUACCUGUGGAUUGUCGCCAUGGUGUUCUUCAUCGUCGCGUACUGUGCCAUCGGCUUAUCGGUGCACGCCAGGCGAACGCCUCCCUACAAUUGCAUAUGCCUGUGCUUGCUGACGUUAGGAAUGUCGUAUCUGGCCGCCUUCGUCUCCGUAUUUUAUAGCAUCGAGGUGAUCCUCGUUGUGAUGGGCAUGACCGCCGUCGUCACGAUGUUAAUAUCUCUUGUAGCGACAUUCUCCAGGUUUGACUUGACGAUGAGACCAGGCUUGCUGAUGGUGAUCGGGCUGGUUGCCAUCGUGACUAUUUUCACGAUGCUGAUAAUCUUCAUCUUCACUCACAUAAUGAUUAUGCGUUUAAUAAUUGCCAUCAUCGGAACGCUCCUGUUAAGCUUGUAUUUAUACUUCGACGUGCAGACAAUUAUGGGUGGACGCAGAAUAGAAUUGGGUCCCGACGAAGUCGUCUUCGCAACGACGCAAAUUUAUGUUGAUAUCGUGCUGCUGUAUCAGUACUUAUUGAUGUUCAUGGGAUUCUUCCAUCAUUGACAAAAUAACGCUGUCGAUUUAUAUGUCUCAUUGGUAUAUGUAUACAUUUAU